AUGGUCCCCGCCAGCCUGUGCCUCGUCGCCGCGCUCCUGCCCGCCGCCGCCGGCUACCUCUGGGCGUGGAUGUACACCCUGCCCCAGCACCCGCCCGGCGACGCCACCCUGGGCCGCAGCGCCCAGGCCCCCGGCAGCCCCGAGGAGGUGAGCGGGCGCUGGGGAUGCCGGAGGAGGAGGAGGAGGAGGAGCGGGGAUGCAGUGCUGUGCAGUGCUCAGAGCAGGGCUGCCCUGGGGAUGCUGGAGGAGGACGAAGGAGGGGGGGCUGUGCAGUGCACAUGGAGCUUCCCCCCCCCCGCGCAGGCACCGGCGUGCAGCAGCGGCAGCCCCUGCGCCCCCGGGCACUUCUGCGACGAGCACUUCGGGCUGUGCCUGCGCCGGCGCCCCGAGGGCCAGUACUGCCGCCACGACGCCCACUGCGCCCGCGGCCUCCUCUGCAUGUUCGGCAAGUGCCAGCAGCCCGCGCCGCAGGGCCAGGAGGGAGCCCGCUGCCGGGGGGACAGUGACUGCGGCGCCGGGGCCUGCUGCGCGCGGCAGCACGGCGAGCGGGUCUGCAAGCGGCGCCUGGCGCUGGCCCAGGGCUGCCACGUGCCCCCCGGGGGCCUGGCCUUCAGCCUCAACCAGCUGUGCCCCUGCCUGGAGGGGCUGGUGUGCCGCCCCGGCGAGCCCGGCCGAGGGAAGGCGUUCGAGUACCGGCCGGAGAAGAGCGAGUGGCGGUGCCGGCAGCCCUGAGCGGCGGCAGCUCCCUAUUUAUUCCCUGUAAAUAGCGCGUACGGAUCCAGCGCCCCCGGAGCCACGGCCAUGCGGAGCCCCGGCGACCCUCACCGUGGCCUCGGGGCUGCCGGCGGGAAGAGAGAGACGCCGGGAUGUGGAGGGGCCGGAUCCCCUCCAUCCGCAGCCGACCCCCCCCGGGGCAGGUCCCCAGCCCCCCGGCCCGGCCGCGGAGGGGGGAUCAGGGCUGCGAAAUCCCCUGCUGCCUCGGCACAAAAUAAACCCGCGGAAGCGGCCGGGAACUCGG